CCCGGCCGGACCAGAGAGCAGAAGAGAGCAUCGGCCAGGCAGAGCUAGGCGGCGCCCUCGGCCCGAACCUGAAGGUCAGGGCCGCGGGGCGUCCUCGCCGCCUGGGUCCCAGUCCCGGUCCCAGCUCCCGGCAGCCCAGGCAGCGAUCCCAGCCGCAAGAACUUUGUUCUUUUUGUCCCGCCCCCUGCGCUGUACCGCCUUCGCCGCCUUCCGGCCCGAGUUCCGGAGAAUCAACAUGACGCUGCAGGCCAGGGUUUUCUUUGCUCUGGGGUCGCGGCUGCCCUGUGGCCUCGCUCCUCGGCGGUUUUUCAGUUAUGGGACAAAAAUAUUAUAUCAAAACACUGAAGCUUUGCAGUCUAAAUUCUUUCCACCCCUUCAAAAAGCGAUGCUACCACCUAAUAGUUUUCAAGGAAAAGUGGCAUUCAUUACCGGGGGAGGUACUGGCCUUGGUAAAGGAAUGACGGCUCUUCUGUCCAGCCUAGGUGCUCAGUGCGUGAUAGCCAGCCGGAAGAUGGAUGUUUUGAAAGCUACCGCAGAACAAAUUUCUUCUCAAACUGGAAAUAAGGUUCAUGCAAUUCAGUGUGAUGUGAGGGAUCCUGAUAUGGUUCAAAACACUGUGUCAGAACUGAUCAAAGUUGCAGGACAUCCUAAUAUUGUGAUAAACAAUGCAGCAGGGAAUUUUAUUUCUCCUACUGAAAGACUUUCUCCUAAUGCUUGGAAAACCAUAACUGACAUAGUUCUAAAUGGCACAGCCUUUGUGACACUAGAAAUUGGAAAACAACUAAUUAAAGCACAGAAAGGAGCAGCAUUUCUUGCUAUUACCACUAUCUAUGCUGAGACUGGUUCAGGUUUUGUAGUACCAAGUGCUUCUGCCAAAGCAGGUGUGGAAGCCAUGAGCAAGUCUCUUGCAGCUGAAUGGGGUAAAUAUGGAAUGCGAUUCAAUGUGAUUCAACCAGGGCCUAUAAAAACCAAAGGUGCCUUUAGCCGUCUGGACCCAACUGGAACAUUUGAGAAAGAAAUGAUUGACAGAAUUCCCUGUGGUCGCCUGGGAACUAUAGAAGAACUUGCAAAUCUUGCUGCUUUCCUUUGUAGUGAUUAUGCUUCUUGGAUUAAUGGAGCAGUUGUUAAAUUUGAUGGUGGAGAGGAAGUACUUAUUUCAGGAGAAUUCAAUGACCUGAGAAAGGUCACCAAGGAGCAGUGGGACACCAUAGAAGGACUCAUCAGGAAGACAAAAGGUUCCUAAGACCACUUUGGCCUUCAUCUUGGUUACAAAAAAGGGAAUAGAAAUGAAACAAAUGAUCUCUCAUCUUUUGACUAUUUCAAGUCUAAUAAAUUGUUAAUUAACAAACA